CUGGGAGAGAGCAAAGGUGCUUGUUCUCUUCCAGAGCCUCCAACUUCCCUCGCCCUAGCUCUUUGGCACCGGGCCAGCAGAUGUGUACAGUUUGGGAGAGGGGGAAAGCCAGUACCCGGAGCUGUAGGAACAAACUGAGGGGCGAGCAGAGGCGAGUCCUGAAGAGAGAGCUAGGCGUGGGGUCGGGGAGGGAGACCCUCUUCCACCUAAUCCUCUCUCCAGGAAUCCCUGGCUGUGGGACAGGACAGCUGUUGGGUUGGGGGAGGCGCCCAGGCCGGGUGCAUGUCCUGGGCCACAAGCCAAGAGAACACGAUGUUCCCAAGUGCGCUGGCCGCCGCCCUCUCUGGCUGGCCGCCUCCCAAACCGCCGCUUUUCCAGCCUCGCUGCCCCACAUUCCCCCGCUGCCUCGCCCCGCCUCCUUCUUCCGCUUUGACGUCACCGCUGUCUCCCGCCCCCUCUUCUCCAUUGACGGCAACAGGGCCUUGUUACUGUGGGGAUGAUGAGGCAGGGCAACUGGGGCCUUGGGAGCAGGUGGGGGUGCUGGAGCGCAGUACCCUUUUCUCUAUGCUAAAGACAGAUAUGGAAGUGAAGGCAGGAGAGCAAGGACUGCCAGGGUGAUGGAAGAUCACACCUAAAUCCCUGAGAGGUGGAGAGAGCAAAAAACCAUGUUUCCAGGUCAGGUGCUGUCGUUCACGCCUAUAAUCCUAGCACUUUGGGAAGCCGAGGCAGGAGGAUCGCUUGAGUCCAGGAGUUGGAGACCACUCUGAGCGAGACGCAGUCUCUACAAAAGUUAGAAAAAUUAAUCGGGGAUGGUGGUGCAUGGUUCUAGUCCUAGGUGUUCGGGAGGCUGAGGGAGGAUCCCUUGAACUCAGGAGUUUGAAGGUGUACUGGGCUAUGAGGAAGCCACUGCAUUCUAGCCCUGGCAACAAAGUGAGACCCUGUCUCAAAAAAAUAAAUAAAAUGAACAUGUUUCCAGAGUAUAGGUGUCUGAAAAGGAGACACCUAUACAUACAGUACAUAAAUUGGGGUUGGGGGGUAGAAGGAAGUAAGACUGGGAAUAUGUUCUCGAAUCCUUUGUUUUCUGUUUUCCUGUUUCUGUUUUUUCUGGGUUAAUUUAUAAAUUCCUGUGACCCACCUUUUCCACAGAGGCCUACCCUUCACUCUUCCCAUUGUUUAGGUAUGCUUAGGCCACGUGACAGUGAGGGGCGUGCACCCACAGCAGAUUAUGUGAGCAGCUGCUUGGGGGCCUCUUCACUAGCCACCCACGUUUCCAGGAGUCCUGAGAGCCACUCAUCACAGUCCUGGAUGGGGGUGGGGUGGGGCUGUGUAACUGCAUUUCUUCUGGACCCAGACUGGCACUUUAUUCUCUCCAAUUAAGCCCCUUAUCUCUUUCUUGGACUUGAUGUUCUACUCUAACCUUCUUUAAAAGAAUUAUAAUUUCUAGCCCCUUCUCCACUGUUGAGGCUUUCCCCCCAACUCUCCUGCUUAUCCUCCUUAAAAUCAAAAUCAUGUUUAUUGAUCAAUAAACAUUGAUCAAGAUCUACCAUGUGCCAGAUUCUGUCUUGGGCACUGGAGAGUAUAGUGAAUGAGAUGAGAUUCUUCUGGGUCCCGGAUUUGGCUAUUUUCCAAGCAGUGGAAUGAAGCCCACCUUUGUUUGUUUAGGACCCCAAUUAGCGUCUGCUUUCUGCUAGCCCCUUUGGUCCUCACAGUUGGGCUUCCUGACUCUCACUUUGGGGGCAACCCUAACUUAGGUGGCUGCAUCCUCUGGAGAGAAGUACUCGCUAGUCACCAAGUAGGCUACCUGGAAACCUUUUCUCUGAUUGGCCAUAGAAGCAUCCGAUAUUGUUUCCCUUCAUAGCCCUACUGGCUCAGGCUGCCCCUUCCAUUGUCUGCAUCCUCUUUCCACCUACUCAUCCUCUAAUCAUACGUGGACCCUCAACUGUCCUCUUCCCAGGAUUUUCAAAGAGGAAGGCAUUAGGUAAAAGGGCCUCAUUAUGAAUGUUCACAAGGCUGAGAGGGCAGCCCAGAAAAUUUGGCCAAGUUAGGGACAGUUAUCUCAUCCAGCUUGAUCCAACUCCCAGGGUCUGCAUUCCUUUUCCCCACCUCUGGAAAGGCCAAGGUGCCAAAGGUGUUCUCUUCUGCAAGGCUGUUCAUUCCGAGAGUAGACAUCUCUUAAGCCCCUACAUAACCCAGGCAUUUUUUCUGAAGAGAGGCAGCUUAUCUCCCUUCCAUUAUUCGUUGUGCAAGGCGUCCUGCGCCCAUUGGCUGGGCGGUGUCUGGGGCCUUUCAGCUCAGCGCCAGCACCCUGGUCCACGUGCGCCAGUGUGUGUGACACAGCCCUGACCUCAGCGGGGGCUAGUAGCCAAUCAGGCACCGGGAAGAGAUCCCCAGCCAGUGAGGGGCGGGGCCUGCGGCUCCGCAGGCGGGAGGCCAAUGAGGGGGCAGUGCCUGGCAUUAUGCAACCCGCCUCCCGGCCCAGGCCCCGGCCGCGCAUAGAUUCCACUUGGCUGCGGGCUGGAGCGGCGGGCAGGCAGACGGAGGACGCUCGCAUGGCCAGGUAGUGGCUGUGAUCAAACUUCUCAAACCUCAGAGACUUAGAUCUCCCGCCUUACAAUCUCAGCCAGGCCUCUAGGCCCCCUCGUGCAUCUGUGGUGUCCUCUUCGCCUUCUGUUUUCCUGUCCUUCCCAUGGCCCAGACAUGAGCGGUCCCCUAGAAGGGGCUGAUGGGGGAGGGGACCCCAGGCCCGGAGAAUCUUUCUGUCCUGGAGGGGUCCCAUCCCCAGGACCCCCCCAGCACUGGCCUUGCCCGGGCCCCAGCCCAGCAGAUGACACUGAUGCCAACAGCAACGGCUCAAGUGGCAAUGAGUCUAAUGGGCACGAGUCCAGGGGUGCAUCUCAGCGGAGCUCACACAGUUCCUCCUCUGGCAAUGGCAAGGACUCAGCCUUGUUGGAGACCACGGAGAGCAGUAAGAGCACAAACUCUCAGAGCCCAUCCCCACCUAGCAGUUCCAUUGCCUACAGCCUCCUGAGUGCCAGCUCGGAGCAGGACAACCCAUCUACCAGUGGCUGCAGCAGUGAGCAGUCAGCUCGAGCAAGGACCCAGAAGGAACUCAUGACAGCACUUCGGGAGCUCAAGCUUCGAUUGCCGCCAGAGCAUCGGGGAAAGGGCCGCUCUGGAACACUGGCCACACUACAGUAUGCACUGGCCUGUGUCAAACAGGUGCAAGCCAACCAGGAAUACUACCAGCAGUGGAGUCUGGAGGAGGGUGAACCUUGUACCAUGGACAUGUCCACCUACACGCUGGAGGAGCUGGAGCACAUAACAUCUGAGUACACGCUUCGCAACCAGGAUACCUUCUCGGUGGCUGUCUCCUUCCUGACAGGCCGAAUUGUCUACAUUUCGGAGCAAGCAGGUAUCCUGCUGCGUUGCAAGCGGGAUGUGUUCCGGGGUGCCCGUUUCUCAGAGCUCCUGGCUCCGCAGGAUGUGGGCGUCUUCUAUGGUUCUACUGCUCCAUCUCGUCUGCCCACCUGGGGCACCGGAGCCUCAGCAGGUUCAGGCCUCAAGGACUUUACCCAGGAGAAGUCAGUCUUCUGCCGUAUCAGAGGAGGUCCUGACCGGGAUCCAGGUCCUCGGUACCAGCCAUUCCGCCUUACCCCAUACGUGACCAAGAUCCGGGUUUCAGAUGAGGCACCUGCGCAGCCAUGCUGCCUGCUAAUUGCAGAGCGAAUCCACUCGGGUUAUGAAGCUCCCCGGAUCCCCCCCGACAAGAGGAUCUUCACCACACGGCACACACCCAGCUGCCUCUUCCAGGAUGUGGAUGAAAGGGCUGCCCCAUUGUUGGGCUAUCUGCCCCAGGACCUUCUGGGGGCCCCAGUGCUCCUCUUCCUGCAUCCGGAGGACCGACCCCUCAUGUUGGCUAUCCACAAGAAGAUCCUGCAGCUGGCAGGCCAGCCCUUUGAUCACUCUCCUAUCCGCUUCUGUGCCCGUAAUGGGGAGUAUGUGACCAUGGACACCAGCUGGGCUGGCUUUGUACACCCCUGGAGCCGCAAGGUGGCCUUUGUGUUGGGUCGCCACAAAGUACGCACGGCACCCCUGAAUGAGGAUGUGUUCACUCCACUGGCCCCCAGCCCAGCUCCAUCCCUGGACACUGAUAUCCAGGAGCUGUCAGAGCAGAUCCACCGGCUGCUGUUACAGCCUGUGCACAGUUCCAGCCCCACAGGGCUCUGUGGAGUUGGCCCUGUGACGUCCCCAGGUCCUCUGCACAGCCCUGGCUCCUCCAGUGAUAGCAACGGGGGUGAUGCCGAGGGACCUGGGCCUCCUGCCCCGGUGACUUUCCAGCAGAUCUGCAAGGAUGUGCAUCUGGUGAAGCACCAGGGGCAACAACUCUUUAUUGAGUCUCGGGCCCGGCCCCCAUCCCGGCCCCACCUCCCUGCAACAGGCAUAUUCAAGGCCAAGGCUCUUCCCUUCCAGUCCUCAGACCCAGAGCCAGAAAUGGCUCCUGCUCUAAUCCAGGCCCCAUUAGCCUUGGCCCCUGAGGAGGCUGAGCGGAAAGAAGCCUCCAACUGCUCUUACCAGCAGAUCAACUGCCUGGACAGCAUCCUCAGAUACCUGGAGAGCUACAAUAUCCCCAGCAUGACCAAACGUAAAUGUGCCUCCUCCUCCUCCUACACGGCCUCCUCAGCCUCUGACGAUGACAAGCAGAGGACAGGUCCAGUCCCUGUGGGGACCAAGAAAGAUCCUUCGUCGACAAUGCUGUCUGGGGAGGGGGCCACUCCUCAGAAGGAGCCAGUGGUGGGAGGCACCCUGAGCCCGCUCACCCUGGCCAAUAAGGCGGAGAGCGUGGUGUCCGUCACCAGUCAGUGUAGCUUCAGCUCCACCAUCGUCCAUGUGGGAGACAAGAAGCCCCCGGAGUCGGACAUCAUCAUGAUGGAGGACCUGCCUGGCCUAGCCCCAGGCCUGGCCCCCAGCCGGGCCCCCAGCCCCACAGUAGCCCCUGACCCAGCCCCAGAUGCAUACCGUCCGGUGGGCCUGACCAAGGCCGUGCUGUCCCUGCACACACAGAAGGAAGAGCAAGCCUUCCUCAGUCGCUUCCGAGACCUUGGGAGGCUACGUGGACUCGACGGUUCUUCCACAGCCCCCUCAGCCCCUGGAGAGCGAGGCUGCCAUCAUGGCCCUGCACCCCCUGGCCGCCGACACCACUGCCGAUCCAAAGCCAAGCGCUCACGCCACCACCAGACCCCCCGCACCGAAGCUCCCUGCUAUGUCUCCCACCCAUCACCUGUGCCACCCUCUGCUGCCUGGCCCCCCCCACCAGCCACUACCCCCUUCCCAGCAGUGGUCCAACCAUACCCCUUCCCGGUAUUCUCCCCACGAGGAGGCCCCCAACCUCUUCCCCCUGCUCCCACUUCUGUGCCCCCUGCCACUUUCCCCACCCCACUGGUGACACCAAUGGUGGCCUUGGUACUCCCUAACUACCUGUUCCCUGCCCCAUCCAGCUAUCCCUAUGGUGCACCCCAGACCUCCAAUGAGGGGCCUUUCACCCCUGCUUCUCAGUCUCCUUCCCCAUCCCUGCCCCCUCUGCCCCCAAGCCCUCCCCACUGUCCGGACUCUCCACUGUUCAACUCAAGAUGCAGCUCCCCACUCCAGCUCAAUCUGCUGCAGCUCGAGGAGCCCCCCCGUGCUGAGGGGGGCACUGUUGCAGGGGGCCCUGGGAGCAAUGCUGGGCCCCCACCUCCCAGUGAGGAGGCUGCUGAGCCAGAGGCCAGACUGGUGGAGGUAACUGAGUCCUCCAAUCAGGACGCACUUUCUGGCUCCAGUGAUCUGCUAGAACUGCUGCUGCAAGAGGACUCUCGCUCUGGCACAGGCUCUGCAGCAUCAGGCUCCCUGGGCUCUGGCUUGGGGUCUGGGUCUGGUUCAGGCUCCCAUGAGGGGGGCAGCACCUCAGCCAGCAUCACUCGCAGCAGUCAGAGUAGCCACACAAGCAAGUACUUUGGCAGUGUUGACUCAUCUGAGGCUGAGGCUGCUCAGGCCAGGGCCGAGCCUGGGGACCAGGUCAUUAAGUAUGUGCUCCAGGAUCCCAUCUGGCUGCUCAUGGCCAAUGCUGACCAGCAUGUCAUGAUGACCUACCAGGUGCCCUCCAGGGACAUGACCUCUGUGCUGAAGCAGGACCGGGAGCGGCUCCGGGCCAUGCAGAAGCAGCAGCCUCGGUUUUCAGAGGACCAGCGGCGGGAGCUGGGUGCUGUGCACUCCUGGGUCCGGAAGGGCCAGCUGCCUCGGGCCCUUGAUGUUAUGGCCUGUGUGGAUUGCAGUAGCAGUGCCCAAGACCCUGGCCACCCUGAUGACCCACUCUUCUCAGAGCUGGAUGGACUGGGGCUGGAGCCUAUGGAAGAGGGUGGAGGCGAGGGGGGCAGUGGUGGUGGCAGUGGUGAGGGUGAGGGCCUGGAGGAUGCUCAAGCCCAAGUUGAGGCCAAGGUCUCAAGCUCUCAGGACUUGGCUAUGGAGGAGGAAGAACAAGGUGGGAACUUGCCUAGUCCAGCCUUACCUACCACAGAAAAUGGCACCACCUAGACUCCAUUUUGGGACCACCUUCAGGAAUCCAUGAGAGGUUUCUUCCUCCUAAGUUCCAAUUCUCAGAACUUGGAUGUGGCUAGACCAAUCAAUAGGAUAUUGUCUAGCUUCUCCCACCGAAGGGGGCCGGACCCCCAUCACCAGCCCAGGAUCCAGGGACUGCCUCUGGCUUCUUAGGGAACAGAGAGUGGAACUCCUUAGCCUAGCCCAGCUGGACCCUUGGUGAGGAGUCAUUCCCUCCCGUGGACAAGUUUGCUGACAAGCUGCUGAAGUGGUCCCUCCAAAUCCCAGCUGAGCCUGAGUCUGGCCCUGGAGGUUGGGGCUGCACUUAUUUAUUGGAGGAGCCAGCUCUCUCUCCCACCUCCUUCCCAUAUGGGAGGAGAGUCUGAGGCUCAAGCGCAACCCAGGGGUAUGAACCCCUAGCUGCUCUAGGGUGGGGGAGGUUGGUGGACCAUGGAGUCCCUGGUGCUGCCCCUCAGGUGGGACCCAGGCGUUCUCAGCUGCACCCUCUACCAAUGGCGUUUGUGUUUUUGAUACUGUAUCUGUUAUUACUUUUUUUAAUACAAAAAGAAAAAAAGCCUAGGACUUUGUGGAAUA